GCCCCCCGCAAAAUUUUAUCAAAACAUUUGUUUAAAAAACAAAUAACAAUAAUAAAUUUAUUCCUAAUGAUAAUGAUCAUUAAGAAGAGAGACUAUGUGCUUGGUAUGUUGCCUCUUGGUGGCUGUGCGUGUGUGUUUGCAUUUUACUGUGUAUUUUACUCCAUUCAGACAAGACUAGUUGAUCCAGUGAUCAGUUGUUAUCAGUAAAAUAAAAAAUAAAUAAAUAAAUUUAUAUGUUAAUUAAUCUAUACUCACUGCAAGACAAGACAAGACAAGCAAACAAGUCAAGUAUUCAGCUGAGAGCCACUGAGCCAAGAAGAUGGCAAAGUUACAAGAUCCCACCUCCAUGGAAGACAUCAGGAGACGUGAUAGAGAUUCCCGAAUAUCAAAUAAAACUCGAAAAAGUGAAAUACUCAAAGAACUUCGUGGCAAUAUUCUAGUUUUAAAAAUCAAUCGAUUGGCAAGUAGAAAUGCCCUGAAUCGCAAUGCAGUUUAUGACCUGAUUGCUGCCAUUGGUGAAGCUACGCACAACAAAGAUGUUAAAAUGAUCUUGCUAACCGGCUGUGGUGACUAUUUCUGUUCCGGCACAGAUCUCAAACAGCUGCAGGAAUAUCGUGAUCCCGAGGAUUAUUUCUAUGGGGCCAAUUAUAUUUUACGUUCCCUAAUCAAGACCCUAAUUGCUUGUCCCAAAAUUAUUGUCUGCCUAAUCAAUGGACCCUGUAUUGGCAUUGGCUUUACCCUGGCGGCCCUGUGUGACAUCUGUGUCUGUACAAAGGGGGCAUUUUUCCAGACACCAUUCUCGCAAUUGGGGUUGUGUGCCGAGGCCUGUUCUUCGUAUACUUUUAGCCAACAUUUCGGCCAGUCAUGGGCCUCCAAGCUGUUGUUGUUUGGUGAAAAGUUAUCAGCAGAAAAGGCAGAGCAAUUGGGAUUUGUAACCAGAAUCUAUGAGGAUUUGAAUGAUGUAGAGGCAAGAUUAUGGCCUAAAUUGCAGGAGUAUUCCCAGUUGCCAUGGGAAUCGGUAAAAAUUAGCAAGAAUUUAAUGCGGUUAAAUCAACGGGAACAGCUUUUCAAAGCACUGGAAGCCGAAUUGAAGGAAAUUGAUAGAUUGCGUCGAGGACCCGUUUAUCAAAAGGCCGUUGCGGAUUUUUUGCAAAAAUCAAAAAGUAAACUUUAAAUGAAAUUACUCACGCAUGUAUGUAUUUAUGUAUAUAUAACUCAAUAUUUUUUUAAUAAAUAAAGACAAAAUAAAAUUUAAAUAAGUAAAGAAAA